AUGUCUUACGCCGACGCUGCUGCCAAGGGGCCAAAGCAGACCCCCGAAGAACGAUCGGUUCCCCUAGCUACACCGGUAGCCUUGAGCCCAUUGUAUACUGACUUCCGCAGUGCUGCUCCCAGGGUGGGUGGUGUCUACAAGGAUGAAUCCGAAAGCACCGCGUCUCUGAUCGACGUCGACUCGCCUCACGUCACUGCUGUCGACCCUAACUUCCUCCAGCAGGAGGUCAAGACCACUACCCAGGCCGAACGCCUGGAGCGCGAAGCCGCCGAGGCCGAGCAGAAGGCCGCCGCCGAAGAAUCGCAGAAGAAGUCUCGUAAGGCCAAGGCCAAUGGAAUUCUUGCCAACUCUGGCAACCCCGUCUACAUCGGCAACGCUGUCCUCGCUACUCUGGUCGGUGCCGGCCUUGGCUUCGGUGCCUACCGCAAGCACGUCGAGGGAAAGCUGUCAUGGGAGCUGGUGGGUCUGGUCUCCGGCGCCGUGGGCGCCUUCGGUGCGGUUGACUACUUCGUGAGCAAGUAA